AUGGAUCCAUACAAGACACUAUUCAUCGACCCAGAGUCGUCCCUGGCAGAAGUCAAGGAAACCUACAGAUCGCUUGCAUUGUUAUACCAUCCCGAUAAAGCAGGCGCCCAAGGUGAAGAGAGGAUGAAGGAAAUAAAUUGUGCCUACGAACUCAUUCUCAAAAUUCACAGCCGAGCUGGAAAGUCUUGUGAGAAGAUUACAAGCGAGAGCAAGCUAGACGAUGCUGAAUGGCAACCCGCCGAAAUCAACGGCGUACUGGGAUCGGUCCCGAUAGAUGAAGACGAACGUUUGGUCCCGAUGGACGAAGACGAACGUUUCGCAGAGUUGUUCCCCGUGCUCUUCGAGAGACUAGAGUCACACAUCAAGAAGACAUUGACCUUCAACAAGGUGCAAUACAGACGUAUACAGAAUCAUCUUCUGCGACAGCUCAAAGGUAUGAUUCUCACCUGGCUCGACUGGCUACGUCGUGACGGGCCAGAAGCUGACAAUUAUCGCCAGACCUGUGGACAUAUCGGUCGUCUCCUCAACACUGUCAAGUGGACACUGGCCUUACAGGCUGCGAAGUAUGAAGGAGGUGGUGGACGCUGGGCAGCGUUAAGCUUCGAGAAGAUGCUUGAGCAAUUCAGUCUCGAGGUAGCUGCCACUGAAGGGUCUCUUGUCGUUGUCACUGGCGAGGACGACAAGCUGAUCUUACGCUUGGAAUUCUGGUCACUCCUCUACGUCAAACAGGGAUGGGUAGAUGCCGACAAGGAGCUGUCAGACAGAGUCUUUCAAGACCCUGGCUGGCUGGCUCGAAUACUUGAACAGGGCUCUCAGCAGGCUUCUAUUAAAGAUGCUUGGUCAUGUUCCGGAUAG